UUUCAGACAGCUCCAGAUCAGUCUCCGAGUCUUCCUUUCGGGAAUGGCGUCCCUUGGGAUUGCCGCCGCCAUGGCUGUUGCCUCCGCCGUCCCACCUCUCUCCGCCAGCGCCGCCUUGACUCGUAAAUCCGACAAACCUUCGAUUCGCUCGCAGUGCAUCGUAGCGCCACGUCAGCGCGCCUCCGUGAAUGCUCCUUCUGCCACGUCAUCGCCCGUCGUGCCACAUCAGCCAGUGCAACAACCGCAACAAUCAUCAUCCGCAUCACCACCAUCAUCACCAUCACCAUCCAUACCAUCGUGCCAUCAUCAUAACCCACAGCAGCCAUCACUCCAGCACCACACAGAUACACAGCGUCACUCACUUACCUCCAUGGCUGCAUGUGCUGCUGCUGUGCUCUCUGCCACUCUGCUCUUGCAGCAGCCGGCUCUAGCCCAGGACUCCGCCCCACCAUCCCCAACAGAAGCAGUGUUUGCUCGCACUUGUGCUGGCUGCCACGCAGGGGGAGGAAACCUGCUUAAACCGGGUGCAGGGCUCUCACUCGCUGACCUCGAAAGGAACGGGCUUUCAUCAGUUGAAGACAUUGCAAGGGUCACGGCGCUCAGCGUUGGCCGCAUGCCGGGCUAUGGCGAGGACUGCAAGCCACGUGGCCAGUGCACGUUUGGCCCGCGCUUGAGUGCUGACGUCAUCCGCCAGCUGGCGGAGUACACCCUGGCGCAGGCGCAGGCAGGGUGGCCGUGACGAUGAGCCUGUUUUCUGAGAAUCUAUUACACCCCAGCAGAUUCAAUAAAUAGCAACAUACCCCGAGAAAAUGCAGGAUGGACUGCCCUCCUGGCAUGUUUACGUUUUUGCAUGUUGGGUGUUUUGUUGUAACAAGGUACCUCUGCUGUCACGUUCCUUGGCAGCUGGGCUGACGUGGCUGGCAGGCAAGAUGAUGCUGGUGUACGAAGUUAAUGCCUAUAUUUGACUAAAUACAGGUUCAAAUA